AUGUCUGGCGCGACACCACAAUAUGAGGAGCGUGGGGGAAUUCUGCGCAGCGUCCAUACUUCCCCCGACACUAUGAAUGCAAGCGGAGAAGCUCAGUCAAAUCCUACAACCUCAUCGACGACAUUAAUAACAGAGCACGAUUAUCGUUUCCCUCGAAGACCCGUUGAUCAGCAACCGAACGACGCUUCUGCCCGAGACUUCACACACCAUUUCAGUUCCUCUACCACCACCAACACAUCGAGUCCUGGCGUUAACGCUCUGGACAAGCUGGAUAUCUCGGCGGGGAGCAGUGCGCGCAAGGAAUUGCUGCGCGAGAGUUUCUUUCCCACUUGGAAGGAUGAUAGUGCCGGCGACGAGCUUGAUAGUCCGGAUGAGAUGCAGAGGAAGGAUCCAUUGGCUACCCAAAUAUGGAGGCUGUAUAGCAAGACUAAGAAGCAACUGCCUAACCAGGAGCGCAUGGAGAAUCUGACUUGGCGCAUGAUGGCUAUGAGUCUACGAAAGCGCAAGCAGCGGGAGGAGGCCGCUCGACUUGCGACUCAGAAUUCUGCUAGUGCUCCUAGUGGAAUCGCACAGCUGAGGAAUAGUUCUGAUCAAAGGACACCAAAGCCCUUCGACAAUUCAGAUGCGAUGAAUCUUGAUGACUUUAUAUUCUCUGACAACAUCUCGACGCCUGCUGGGCUUGGCAUGUCACCCUCACCAGAGUUCAGUAAGAAUGAUUCAGAAGCAUCAUCUAAUGCCGUAGCUUCUGCGAUCCCCAUCAAAAUGAGGAAGGAAUCGGCCCAAUUCGCUGUACCCCAGUCCGUUCCUGUCCCGCAUCACAAUCCUCGAAGCACCGAAGAAUUCAAUUAUGUACAAAGACAUGUUCGAAAGACAAGUAUUGAUGAGAGACGCGCUCGGAAACGACCGGCCGACUUCUCCCCUCAUGUACCAGCUGUGAACAGCAUUAUAAUACCCAAUGAUCCAGAUCACGACGCAGAUAUAAACGAUUACUCGCUGGAUCAGCCGCACCCCCCUGAAAUGCUUCGACAUAAUCAAUCUGGCGUACCCUUUCAACUCGAUACCUUCAAUAUGGAUCACGAUCCUAUAAUCACCUCCGCAGGCCCUUAUCAACAGAACUUUAAUUUUUCGCCCUCACACUCCCCACUCGUACAGCAUGGGCCAUUCUCCUCCAUGUACAAUAACUCCCAGAUGCCCUCUUCGUCCCUGAACUCGAAUGAUUAUUAUUCUCCCCCGGGAAGUGCUUAUCAAUCCGCAGUUUCGACUCCACAGCCCAUCCCGGAAAACGAGCAGAUGUACUUCGGCCACGGCAUGGAUAUGCGACACCAACGACCGCACACCUUCAGCCAUGGUCCCUCGAGUCUUUCCAAUUCGAUGGCGCCACAAUACAUGUACAAUGGCAAUGGUGGGUCUAUGUUCACUGCAGUCACCAGUGCAGGUCCAUCCAAUUCUUAUACCUCUCCUGGAUCAUUUGGCAUGGCACAACAUAUUGAUCCAGCUCAAGUUUUCCAAGCUGAUCAUCCUGCACGAUCGCCGGGUGUCCAAAUGGGCCAUGAAAAUAUGUUUAGUUUUGGAGCAGAUUCCGAUAACGAGGAUGAAGAAGGCGCGGCAUUCGCUGAUCGAACGCUCAUGAUGCAGCACGAUUUCGCCCAAUCACCCAUGGAUGAUCCCAAUAUGGAUAUGGGACCUGGAGGUGGUCUUCAAUGGGAUGCGACUUUGCCUGGGCAAUUCACUACGCAAGCCGCUCGUUAUCCUGGCGGCCCUCCAAGAAAGCAAGUGACAAUCGGGGGAGCUGCUGAUAUGAACUCUUCGCCUCUUGAUUGGGACGGCUCAGGGGGCUCUCUGGGACGAACUCACGCAUCCGCACAAUCUGUUUCUGAUAAUCGCUCUCGAAAUGGUAAUGACCGGCGGCAAAAGAUCCCCCGCACCGCCUCAACCCCCAAUGCAGCUUUACUAGGACGCAACGCCAACAUGUUCGACCAAAUGGGCCAGUCGAAUCCAAAUUCUCCACCGGAUGCAAACAAUAUGUCUGGCUUCUCAUCCGUGGAUCCUAGUCGGCCAUCAACACCCGGUGGUUCGAAGCACGGCUCUACCACGAACCUCGCUGGUGCAGCCGGUGCUCAAGGCGAGAAUGGAGUUCCAACAACAUGUACCAACUGCUUUACCCAGACUACACCCCUUUGGAGGCGCAAUCCCGAAGGACAUCCGCUCUGUAAUGCUUGCGGUUUGUUCCUUAAGCUCCACGGCGUCGUUCGACCACUUUCUCUCAAAACAGAUGUUAUCAAGAAGCGUAAUCGUGGCUCUGGCGCCUCUAUUCCUGUCAGUGGAUCUGGUGGCGCCUCAACGAGGGCGUCCAAAAAACUAGGUAGCAUUUCAGCGGGAAGUGGUCCAGAUGCGAGAAAGAACUCUAUUGUCACCACCACCGGGACUAGUACGGCCCCCGCAGCUCAGGUCACGACUCCAACUAGUAUUAGGGAUCGGAGCGUCAACGAAAGCCAGAGUCCUCAAUCUGUCACUGGCUCUAUUGGCAAUGGUGGCAGUACAGCUGGUAGUACUCCGACUUCUUAUCACGGUUCUGCUGGGUCUUCGGCAGGCACAACAGGCAUUAGCGGUGGUAAAGGUGUGAUCCCAAUUGCAGCAGCGCCACCAAAAACCACUCCUGGCCCGGGAGCGGCGUCGACCAACACGACUCGAUCAAACGCGGCUGCUGCCCCAAAGAGACAGAGACGACACAGCAAGAGCGUGAGCGCCAUGGAAAAUAUGGAUAUUGAUUCUCCUGAAAGCUCAACCGGAUCCAAUGAAGCCGCGAAGUCAAUGGGUAUGGGCAUGGUGGGAAAUUCAGGGAGCAUGUCUAACAUGGGUCUUGCCAGUGGAUUUGGGAUGACAGCGAGGCCCAUGGGGCCAGGGGGGAUGACAAUGUCUGGAAUGGGAGGCAUGAGUGGACCUCCGGGCAUGGUAAUGAGUGGACAGGGCGGCGCUGGUACGGGACCACAGGAGUGGGAGUGGCUUACGAUGAGUCUUUAA